UCCACCCGUCGGCUCGGGCGGAACCAAAUAGGCACGCACGGCUAGGGUUUAUCCAGCCGCCCGCGCCCGCCGCCGCCGCCCCGCCCGCCCGCCGCUCCCCGCGGCCGCCCGACCAGGGUUUACCCUCCCCUACCCACCACCGAGGCGCCGGGCCAUGGACGCGGCGGCGCUCGACGACGUGAUCCGGCGACUCCUGGAGGCGCGCGGCGGGCGGACGGUGCGCCCCGCGCAGCUCUCCGACGCGGAGAUCCGCCGCCUCUGCGCCGCCGCCAAGGACGUCUUCCUCAGCCAGCCCAACCUCCUCGAGCUCGAGGCCCCCAUCAAAGUCUGCGGGGACAUCCAUGGCCAAUAUUCUGAUCUUCUUCGAUUAUUUGAGUAUGGUGGUUUCCCACCGGAGGCGAACUAUUUGUUUCUGGGUGACUAUGUUGAUCGUGGCAAACAGAGUAUUGAAACGAUAUGCCUUCUGCUUGCUUACAAGAUUAAGUACCCGGAGAACUUCUUUCUCCUUAGGGGAAACCAUGAAUGUGCCUCUAUCAACAGAAUCUAUGGAUUCUUUGAUGAAUGCAAGAGGAGGUUCAAUGUUCGUCUCUGGAAGGUUUUUACUGACUGUUUUAACUGCCUUCCUGUGGCUGCACUUAUUGAUGACAAGAUCCUGUGCAUGCAUGGGGGUUUAUCACCUGAUUUAAAGAACAUGGACCAGAUACGUAACAUUGCCCGUCCUGUGGAUAUUCCGGACCAUGGUCUCCUCUGUGAUCUGCUAUGGUCAGACCCUGAUAAAGAUGUUGAUGGCUGGGGUGAGAAUGACAGGGGCGUGUCAUACACUUUCGGAGCUGAUAAGGUUGCAGAGUUCCUUGAGAAACAUGAUCUAGAUUUGGUCUGCAGGGCUCACCAGGUGGUGGAGGAUGGAUAUGAAUUCUUUGCAAAGCGUCAGCUCGUAACCAUAUUCUCUGCACCCAACUAUUGUGGCGAGUUCGACAAUGCUGGUGCCAUGAUGAGCAUAGAUGAUUCACUAACAUGCUCAUUCCAGAUCCUUAAACCUUCUGAUAAGAAAGGGAAAGCUGGAACCGGCAACUCAAAACCUGGAACACCGCCUAGGAAGAUAAAGAUUAAUAUUAUUUAGUCAGACCCUUCCGGUGCGAAAUGAGUUAUUGUGAUGGAGCACACCCCCCAAAACUUGUUAUGAAGGUGCGCCGAACAACGUGUUGAAAAUGUCAACCUGCAUGCUGUUGUUUUUUCGUGGUCUGAUGCAGAUCUGUCCUGCCAUUCUGGAAAAGAUCAGAGCAGGAAACAUAACUGGGAAUUUUGUGUGGAUUUCUUAUUCCUUUUAUUAACUCUGCUAUGCGUGGCAAAAUGUUUAAGCACGGGAGGCGUCAGGAACUUCAUCCUGUGGUGGAGAUUGCCAAUGCUGAAUGUAGAUUCUGUUAUGUUAUGUACGCUGUUUUAUCUGUAAAGCUUGUCUCUGCAAAUGACUUGCUAGCUUUAGUGAAUGUGUUUUGCUGAUGCUGAUGGUAGAGAAUGACUGGUAUUUAAUAGCACUAAGUUUGCCGAGGGUUGCGGUAGGGUUAGGUGCUUUGUCAUUUCUAUUUAAACAUGUGGUUGAGGUUUCUCUUUA